AUUCCCAUCUCCUUUUGACCUUCCCUCUUUCUCUCUCCACUUUUGGACCCACUUCUAAAAUUUUCACUAUUCUACGAUUCUUCUCCCAUCAAAAAUUAUAAUCUUCUCUCUCCAAUUUAUUUAUUUUACGUAACCCUUUUUUUAAAUUUUUUUUUUAAGAAUUUAAUUUCUUCUCACGAGUCAUACAUGUAAGCACGUCCUUCUCAAAUUUAACCAAAGUUUUUGUUGUUGUUGUUGUUGUUCAGUUCUUCAACUAUAAUUUCAAAAUUUCCUCGUUUAUUUCUCUCUCUAAAACUCCUUAUCAUCUCUAACUUGUAACUAGCUUGUGUGUGGGGUAUAAUCAAGUGAAGAUGAGUACAGCAGUGACUAGUAGUCCUGCAAAUCAAGACCGUCCAUUGCUUCUACACUCAUCACGACAAUCGUCUGAUCAAAGAAGGAUAAGAACGCUUCUUGAUCUCCUCACCAUCGAGAAAAUGGACGGUGUAGAUCGUACGAUGAGACGAAAUGAAGAACAAAACAAUAAUGAUAAUAGCAACAAUAAUAAUAUUAGCCGUUGGAAGAUUCUCAGGGAACGGCUAGGAUUAAAUUCCAUCGGUUGUUGUGGCGUUGCCACGUGGCGGUUUGAUAAUAACAAUUCUUCUUCUCAACCUGAGGAUGAAAACGCCGUCGUAUUACAAUUACCUGAAGAAGAAACGGGAUUACGUCAGCAAGAGGAUGAGGUGGGUCCCGCUGAAGGGAUGAAUUUAGCUGAUGCAUUAGCAGCAGAGAGACAAUUCCGUGCGGCAGAGAGUAGCGGAAGUUACGGUGUGGAUGAGGGUGGUACGACGCCGUUUAGAGUGUCUUUGAUGAGAUUAUUGGAGGAGACAGCGGACGGUUGUGAUUUGGAGAGAGAAAGAUCGAAAGGUAGAGGAGGAGGAGAAGGAGAAGAAGUGUUGGGAUUGGGGAAUGAUAGUGUGUGUUGCGUGUGCAUGGGAAGGAAGAAAGGAGCAGCGUUUAUACCAUGUGGUCAUACGUAUUGUAGGGUGUGUUCUAGGGAGCUUUGGGUUAACCGAGGUUCUUGUCCCCUCUGUAAUCGUCAGAUUAUCGAGAUCCUUGAUAUUUUCUGAUCUCGAUAAUCGAAUCAUUUUAUAAUUGGUUGGAACGCAUUCCCUUUACUACAAGUUAAUUGUGGUUACUCGUUAAUAUUUUUCAUAUCGGAAGCAAUAUGUGAAUUACUGUAUCGUCAUUUUAUAAUUGGUUGGAACGCAUUUCCUUUGCUACAGAUGGAUUGUGGUGAUGUUUAAUAUUGUUCGUCUCCGAAGGAAUAGGUGAAUUGUGGUCGAGAUGUACUGGUGCCGAAUUUAUGAAGAAUGAUUUGCUCAUGUGGGAUUUGGGAAGCAAAGUAAGGUGGGUGGUACUGUCCGACUUUAGUGUCACUUUCUUUUGCUUUUGUUCAAUUCUUUGGUGUAGGAUUUGUGAGAUGUGAAUCAUAUGUGAUUAGAGCUUUGUGUGACAUAUUACAGAUUUUACAAUCGAAUAUACUUUUUCUCUUCCUUUUACUUCCAAUCUUCUCUUGUUGUAUUUUGAGAAUAAUGGAAAUUUUAGAUGAACGUCACAUGUUUCUUGUCUGA